CCUCUUCAUUGACCAUUUGAUUGAUCCGUUGCUUGGUUACAGUCACAUGUUCAAAAUGGAGAGAAGAGUAAAGAGACGUGGAGCGCAAAAUAGAAAAACAAAAAGAACACAAACAAUGCCUUAAAAAAAACUGCCACGACAAAUUGGAUAAUAAGGAAUUGCCUGGACCAUCAGCCCAGAAACAGCCAUGCACGGACCGCCUUAAAAGAUUAUUAAGAGUCAUUCAAGGCAGGGUUAAAAAGACCACAGUACUAUUGAACGGCCACAAAAAAGGGAAGCAAGCGAGGUAUUUCUGAAUUUUGUGUACAGACACAUUCAGAACCAAAGAUAUCAUAACACAGAUUCAGCCAUGAAUCUGAAUUUGCUGUGGAUUUUGCUUCUUGGGAUUUAUGUGCAGCAAUCAGCUUCACAGAUGGUGCAGUGCUUUUCAGCAUUUUCCAUAUCCACCGGGAAGUGUGCUGAUCUGUUGGGUGAGAUUGAAAAAGAUUUUUGUUGCAUAAACCCCAGCUAUGGCUUCGCUGAAGCAGACGGAGUUUGUAGGAGCUGUGGGCAUGCGGCAUGGAGUGAAUGGUCAAGCUGGAGCCAGUGCUCAGUCAGUUGUACUGAGGGAGUUACUCAAAGGCGACGGUUUUGUUACGGAAAUGGUAACUGUUCAGACCCUGAGGAUUUAGGAACUAUUCAAACCAAACCAUGUGUGAAAAAAGACUGCUGCCCAGAGGACGGUGGCUGGUCUAAGUGGGGGAACUGGCAGCCAUGUUCAGUAACGUGUGAAAAUGGACAAAAAAAGAGGCAAAGAGCCUGUUCUAACCCGGCUCCAAAAUGUGGAGGCUCCUGUUCUGGCGAACCGCAAGAAAUUGAACCUUGUUCCGCUGACACAGUCUGUCCAACUCACGGAGGGUGGUCCACCUGGGGAAAUUGGGGUCGCUGCCCAGUUACUUGUAUCGAGGAAGGACGUAACACCCAAAAAGAAGUUCGUACAAGGACGUGCACCAAUCCCUCACCGUCCACCGCUCCACCUGGCAGAUUUUGCGAGGGUUCCGAAAAAGACACCCGCCCUUGCAGUGGACUGCCUUUUUGCCCAAUCGAUGGAAGCUGGGGCUCCUGGUCAGGUUCCUCAGCCUGCUCUGUGACUUGUGGAGUGGGCCGACAGAUGCAGUCACGGAUAUGUGAUUCUCCAAGCCCCAAACAUGGCGGUAAACCAUGUCAUGGCAUAGAGCAAAAAUCUGGCCUUUGCAGGACUUUAGCCAAGUGUCCAAUACAUGGGAGGUGGACAGAAUGGAGUGAGUGGAGUAUUUGUAAAUCGCCUUCCACUAGAAAAAUCACAUGCAGAACCAGGGAGGGAACCCGAAGGAAAUUACGGGACUGUGUUGGUACAGAACACGAAGGAAAACUCUGCGAUGGAGAAAUUGUUGAACAUGGCAGCUGCUUUGACAUUGAUAAGUGUGAUAUGGAAGCUAUCUUGUCCGAGUGGAGCGAGUGGAGUUACUGCAAACCUGACUGUGGGCAAGACUCCAAACAAACCAGAAGCAGAAAGUGUGUUCCUGACAUUUCUGAAUACCAAUCCGAUGACUACAGUCUUUUCUAUGGGAAGCCUGUCAUUAAUUGUGAGAAAGUGAAGGAUGAAACCGAAACAAGACCAUGCAAAAAUGUGCCUCAGUGCUAAGACAAGUUUUUCAGGAUGACUAAGCACAGAAGAUGGUGAGGAUAAGAGGACCAGUUGGUGUAGAUGGUAAACUCUUCUGCAGGAGGAAGAACCUUAAAGGGAUAGUUCACCAAAGAUGACAAUUUAUUCACUAUUUACUCUUCUUCAAGUGGUUCCAAAAUGUGUUUUAGAGUUUUUCUUCUGAUGCACAAGAAAGAUAAUAUUUUGAAGAAAGUUGAAAACGCAUUCAUUGUAGGAAAACAAAUACCACGGAAGUUAAAGGUGCAGUAGGUGAUCAGCCUAAAUGCCAUCUGUUAGCAUAUUAUCUUCGAAAACAUAAUCCCUUCCCUGCCGUCCAAGGCCACGCCACCUAAAUUUACAAGCGCACACAUUACAGAUGAGAGAGACCCACUAGAUCAUGUCAUUCGCCAGUUAGAAUACUUUAUAGUACUUUACUAUGGUAAUACUACAAUCCGAAUAGAAAAACUGUUCUACAUCUAGCAUGUUUGUAAUUGUGUAGCUAGCAAAACUUGUCAUAAUGUGCUAUAGUUCAUGCAGGCAAGUAGAGAUAUGCGCAGGACUGAAUCUUUAGUCCCACUCCCACUAGGUUUUAUUCCAUACCUGACCGCUCCCGCUGUAUGUUCAGCCUUUGUUCACCCUCUGCCCACCCUUUCCCGCCCCGUUUUCUACCCGACCAGAAUGUUCCCACUAAACUUAGAUCUGGUUCCCAAAAUCUCAUGUUACAAUUGGGCACUACCAAAAGAGAGAUAACAGAUAAAAGUGUGGGCUGUCCAAGUAUUGUUGGCUAAAUGUCAGUUUUGUUUGCCCAUUUGUGAUGAGACUUGAGUGCCUUGAGGUUUGUUUCUGGUGGACUCUUUCAAGGUCAGAUACACAAACAUAUCCACUCAAUAUAUUUGCCAAUUACAGAUUGUGUUUCAUAUAUCAAAUCUGGAUUAUUUUCAACACGCAUAGCAGGUAUAAUUGGGACAAGGAAGAAUGUUAAAUGUAGAGCGAUUAAAUAAGCUGGAUGCUACAGAGUCCAGACAGCCUAUUAUAAGCAACACACAAGAGCCCGGUGGAUGUGCUCGCUCUCUCUCUCUCGCGCUCACUUUCUCUUUCUCUGGGAAUUCUAUAUUCUUAGAUCGCCCGCUCUCGUUCAAAUUAAACAAGAGUUAUUGACCGAAGUUUCUAAGUUUCCGCGUCACAAGAAAUCUAGUCUGGUCCCGUGGCUUCUGUGGUACAGCCGCAGGAAUGCAGACCUCUACAUGCAAAGAUUGUUGCUCUCACUCUCUCACGCGCUUUGUCCUAAAGCGACUACUUAGAGGUUGACCAGCAGACUGCAGGAAUUACACUUAUUUCUAAGCCAUACGUACAUACUUUUUCAGACCGGACAUUCAGAGUAGCAUGCUGAACAAUAUAGGGAGUGCGUCACAGGUUGUCAUUGUUCAAAAAUGAACCAAUGCGAAUAUAAAACCAACUUCACCUCAGUAAAGCAGGCUAAUCUACAUUAUCGAUGCUGUAAAAGGUCCCUUAUGAAACUGAAAAUAGACACAUCAAUCCUUUGCCGGAAGAUUUCAGUGGCUGAAAAACACUUCUGUGCAUUUAUCCCAUUUGUAAAACAACAAAAUCAACACCAGCUUCGCUUGACUAAAAGAGUUUUAAAACAUUACAUUACCUGUCUAAAAGAAAUACUUCAGCCAUGGUGUCAUCCUUCCUCCAGCGUGCAAAAGUAACUCCAAUAUUGAUUCAGCAUUUGUUUGUACCGCUCUCUUUCUUGUGUGCAGGUGAACAGCCAAAGGCAGAUCUGCAUGCAGGGUUGGAUUCAGUGUUGCCAACUAUUUCUAAUGAAAAUAGCUAAAGCAUGCCCGAAAAGUAGCUAAAUGUUGCAAUAUGACGUCAUAAACUGAUCUGCAUAUCAGUAACAUCAUUAUGUAGUACCUGACAAGCGUUAGCCCGUCAUGUUUCCACUCUAUGAGGCGCUGUGUAUUAUAUUAUAUUAAAACAUUACAUCCAAGCACAAUAAAUAGGUUCUUGUUAACAUUUUACUUUGCGUGAUGACAUCAUUGUGUAAUCGCAACUCAAAACUACAUCUUUAUGUAGUAUACAAUAUAAUGAAUGUUUUGUGAAAAUAGAGUUGACUAUUUGUAAAAGUAAUACAAACACUUUUUAUAAGAAUGUUUCUAUUUUCAAGUAUAACACUGAUAAUGAACAGUUACAUUCAGUUAAACAGUUACAGCUUGUGUACUUACUCUUUUAACUUUUGAAAAUUAACUCAUUUGGAAAAGUGACAACAGUUAUUGCACUAUUGGAAUGUUUUGCUACCUAAAUUACCAACAAUUAUACAUGUUAACAAAUCUCAGUAAAUUAACAGUUAUAAAAAACAAUCUGUGCUAGCGAUUUACUCUACUGAGUGAAGCCUGCAGCCACUGCUCUGUUGAGUCACUUUUUAAAAAUUGCUUAAGUAGCCAAAUUAAUGUUAAACAUUGCUUAAUUUGUAACUAGGUGCACUUUGAAAAAAAGUUGCUAGCAAUUUUGUUGCUAAAUCUAGCAACAAAAUUGCUAAAGUGGAAACACUGGCUGGAUUAACAUAAGGGCUAGGUGGAGCUGAAGCCGCAGGGCCCACGGGAGAAGUGGGCCCGUGAUUGGCUGAUGAAUUCAUUUACGUUAUGACGUGGGAAACGCCUCUUUGAGUUAUGCUUUCUCUCUUCGAUAAGUAUUCCUUUCGGUUCGCUGCUGAUCUAAAACAUCGACGCAGGUGCUAAACCGGGGCACAGAGUGACUGUAACCCAAUCUGAAUAUUGAAUUGCCCUGUUUUAGUCACCCAUAAGGAUGAUCAGAUGUGCCAAUUUUCCCAGGACAGUCCCUUAUUUCGCCACUACUGCGAAAACCGUCCAGUCAAAGGUAGGCUAACCAAGCUCGUCGUAGAACAAAACUCUGAAUUGAAAUAGUUUUCAUCAAUGAUUGACUUGUACAUGUAGUAACAGAAGCUGGGAUAGGCGGAAUUAUACUAAAAGAACUUUCAUCAGACAAUAUAUCCGAUGCAAAAAAAAUAAAUCUAAUAAAAAUGCUAGCCCCCUGCUGGCCCGUGCGCUACGACACUGUCAUUACUUUGUAUUGGCUACUUGCAGGCCUGUUUUAAUAAAAUAGAAAAAAUAUGCAAUAAUCAAAUACAAAUCACCUUGUAUCUGGUAUAGCCCUAGGCCCCAAUGUGUUCUUCAUCUCGCCCUGACUGCAUGAACAGCUGCGCUGUUGUGUGCAAAUCAACAUUCGUUUAGACAGUUUGGGCUAUUAUCAGAUUUAUGGGAAUUACAAAGUUAAUUUGAAUGAACAUUUUUUAGUCUUAUGCCUUACCCAGAUUAUAAAAAAUACAUAUAACUACGUUUAGACUAUUUUAAUAUAUUCAUAACUAUUGGAAUGUGAAGAGACCAGGACAACAGUGUUGUGUUUCUGAAGACAAUCGCCUACUGCAUAUUUAAUGGUUACUGUGUUUUUAGUUCAAAUGUUAUCUUGUUUUGUGUUCAACUGUGAUGAUCGUUUUUGGUGAACUCGCCCUUUAACAUGCCCGUCUGUAGAAGUAUACUAUCAUCAGAAUACUUGCUUUGUUAGAUUUAUAUAGAUUGAAUUUGUUGCUGAUUAAAGCACUAUGUUGUGAACUCUGCUUUGCUGCCAUAAUAAAGCAUUAAUGCAAUAUGUUGUA